UUUGCUGGUACCGUCGGACGUUCACACACAGUCCGCAACACGCGCAAUCAAUCAACGCAACCGCACGAUCGGCAACGACGCGAGCCCAAAAGUGCCCAAAAAAAAAACAAAUUUAAAAAAAAAUUAUAUCAGAAAGAAAAAAACAAAGCAUUAUUCAAUCAACUGCAGGGUGCCGGACAAACGUCCAAGAACUGACUGCAAAAGGCACACGUCGAUCAACUUCCCCAACAGGCCUGGAGUCUCUCGCUGGUGUGUUGCCAGAUUGCGUUGUUUGCCGGAGCGACUGUGACUGAGGCCGAGAGAGCGAGAGAGAGAGAAACGAAGGAAGGGGGCCCCCAUGUUGGCCUAGCAUCCAUAUACCGUCCAUGACGUCGCGGUUGUCGUCGUCGUCGUAGGCAGCAACAGAAGGAAGCAAAAGGAUGCUUGUCAAGUGUGUCUCACCGGUACGCAGUGGAAUGGUACCGAUAACGCAGCAGGCGACACCGAAAUCACCGUUCACCUCACCACCGCCGCCGCCCUCGACGGUCCCGGCCAGUGGGCCGGGGCAUCGCACCGCUGGCCCCGGGAUAAUCGGCGCCAGCGAUAGGACUGGCAUGAUACGAACCGGCGCAUCGGGUGCAGCAUCAGCAGCCGCCACGACGACACCAGUAUCCGAGCGCACCCGCACCGUCCUCCCGCCGAACAUUGGACCCGCUUCGCCAGCAGCAGGGCUGCGCGUCACCCGUCCAGCCGCCUCAGCUUCGUCCUGUUCGCCCGCUUCGUCGUCGAAGUUCCAUCGGAGCGUUGUGCAUCGGUUACCGGCGAAGCGGGGCAAGGUGCUACCGGGCAAGCUGGCAACGACGGGCCGUAGCGGUGUUGUUGGCGGCGGCCAGAUGACGCGUCGACCUUCGGCCCUGCACGUCGUCGGCACGGUAGCCGCCAGCUGUACCACGGUGGGAUUGACGGGCAGCUUCGAGCGGCCAGCGCGCACUGUUCGCCGGACCACCAACAGUGCCAAGCGCCAUUCCCAGCAGCAGCAGCAGCAGCAGCAAACUCCGGUGCAGGCAUGUGGUACCGGGUUCCAGGCAGUACCGGCUCCGUUCGACAGAAGCCUAGCCGUACCAUCAUCCACCUUUCAGCAGCAGCACCAGCACCAGCAGCAGCACAAGCUGCAACACAUAAUGCAACAGUCACAACAUCCCGGGCACACUCGUAUGGUAGCCUCGUCUUUAGCACCCGCCCCAUCGGUCGCGUCCUCCUCGUCGAUGACGGCAGCGGUGACGACAACAAAUGGCUCCUCGCCAAGCCUCCUUUCGGCUGCUUCGUCAAUUUCCUCGGUAGCCUCAGUAGCGGUGCCAGCUGCCUCUGCACUCACUGCCCCGGCGAUCCACCAGAAUGGUGGUGGCUCGCACCAACAGCAACACCACUUCUCUGUAGCCGGUGGCGGCCGACGCAGCUCGGCAGACGCGGACGCAACCGCGAUGUACGGUGCUGCACUUUCCGCUCCCGGUAUCAGCGCUAACCGGGAUGGGAAAGUGCAGCUCGUAAUCGUGACGCAACCGGAGCAGCAGCACCGGGCCCGCUACCAGACCGAGGGUUCGCGCGGCGCGAUCAAGGAUCGUAGCGGGAACGGGUUUCCUGUGGUACGGCUCGUCGGCUACAACAAGCCGACCCUGCUGCAGGUGUUUAUUGGCACCGACGUGGGCCGACCGGCACCGCACAUCUUCUACCAGGCUUGCCGGGUGACGGGCAAGAACUCGACCGCGUGUGUCGAGCGGAAGAUAAAUGGUACCACCGUGCUCGAGAUGGAGCUGAAGCCGGAAACCGGGAUGACCGUCACGUGCGAUUGCGUGGGCAUCCUGAAGGAGCGGAACGUCGACGUGGAGUACCGCUUUCCCGACCAGACGGCGUCGCGCACCAAGAAGAAAUCGACCCGAUGCCGGAUGGUGUUCCGGACCGUGUUAAUGGACGACGACAAGGGGGGGGCCAGCGGCGAACUCCUACUGGUUGCCUCGCAGCCUAUCGUUUGCACGCAACCACCGGGUGUGCCGGAGAUCUGUAAGGCUUCGAUUGUUGCCUGCUCUGUCGAGGGUGGCCGGGAAAUGUAUGUGUUCGGCAAGAACUUCCUCAAGGAUACGCGGGUCGUAUUUCAGCGGCGCCGGGUCCAGUCACUUGGUGAUCGGUCGGGCACGGCUGCACUAGCUCCGUGGGAACAAGCCGUCAUGCCGAAUAAGGAGUAUCUGCAACACACGCAUCUCGUAUGCACGGUGCCACCGUACGAUCGCCAGGACAUCCACGAACCGGUAAUUGUAAAGAUGUUCAUCAUUUCCGGUGGCAAGAGGAGCGAGGCACAUGAUUUUAUCUACUAUCCGAAGCGGACGUGCUUCUGUGGUGUUGGCGAGAAAGACGGUCGGGGGCUACCGGUGGUACGUCUUUCCCCGUCUCAACAACCGCAACAGCAACAGCAACAACAACAACAACAACAACAACAACAACAACAACAACAACAACAACAGCAGCACCAGCAGCACCAGCAGCACCAGCAGCACCAGCAGGAGCAGCAGCAGCUAUCCAUGUUCAAGCCUUUUGCGGCGGCCGUCGCGUCGGUUGGCGCCUCCAUGGCAGGGCCUUCAAUUGAUGUUGCGAAGGACGUCGCAGUGAACCGACUGUAUGCAUCGAAUAUCAACGAAGUUAAGUACGCACCGACUUCAAUGGAAAUCGGAGUAGAAGGAAGCAGUAUGUCCAUGGUUCCAUCGCAACAACAAGCGCAGCCAACUUCUCCUUAUACGGGUGCCUCUCCUCCCAGUUUCAAACCGGAGCAACAGGAAACGUGCAGUGGGAACUUGCUGGAUGAUGAAACAUUAGAUCGGUUUCCUAGUGCAGCUGACAACUCACUUGAUGGGUUGCCAGCGCUCUACCAACUCUAUCGGCGUCGUAGCGUCCGUCUACCGAGCAUGGAUAUAACCGAGGAUAGCUCUUCCAACAUGUCAUUGAUGGGGCCGGAGCCACAGCGUCUGAUGGACGUGACGGAAAAUGGAAGUGCUAGUACUGGUUGUAUGCUAUCGUUGGCAAACCGCAUGAAUGCUGUAUUCGGUAGUCCCAUAGAUUUGCACCAAACAAUCAAUGCGAAUUCGUUGAUUAAUGCUAAUGAUGCAGCGCAACCACCGCGCUGCGAUUCAAAGGAAAUAACUAUCUGCAUUGAGACCGAACAGCAUGAACUGCCCUUGCACCAACAACAACCAAAACAUCAAAAGCAGCAGCAGCAGCAGCAGCAGCAACAACAACAACAACCACAACAACAACAACAGCAACAGCUGCAUGAGCAGCAACAACAGAAACCGCAGCAGCAGCAGCAGCAGCAAGAGCAACAGCAACAACUUAGUUCAUCGACAUCGGCUGAACAGAUCGAGCAGAUGAUUGCAGUAGUCAGUGCUAGAUUAUCUACGGAUGGACACAGCGAUUCAUUGGAUACUGCAGUGACUCAACAGUUUAAUGUUCAACUUGGGACUGACGUUUUACUGCAACAGCAGCAACCGCAACCACAAAUUCAGCAGCAACAGCAACACGAGCAAGUCAGUCAGCAAAACGUUGGUAUGCUCGAUCUUCCGAAUCUCGCCAUUUCGAGGAAUGAAGCAGCUGCUGUAGCAGUAGUAGGUACGAUCCUUCAACAUUCACAAGACAUUUUAAUGCAGCAGCAGAAACCAAACAGUGUGGUAGACGUAGCGAUCGCCGCGGCAGCUGCCGUUCAACUGUUGCCACCAGCCCCCGUAACAAUGAUACCGAUGGAGCGGGGGGCUGCAGUAGCUGACGCGGUGCUUGCGCAUCGCGAAGAGACGAAGAAAGCGGUCCAAGAUAUAAUACUUAAUGCGGCCGCAGAAAUACUAACAGCGCAGGAGCCAUCGCAUACGACACAGAAGACGAUCGACACGAUUAUCUCAAUGAGUACACCCGAGAUGCUCAACGUUGCCGCAAACUGUUCGCCAAACUUGCAACCUGUAACGCCUCCCUUCGUUACCCCAACAAUGGACCAUCAGCAGCUACACCAAGUACAAUCGCAACAACAGCAGCAACAGGAUCAGCAUCAUCAACAACAUAUGCAACAUCAUCAACAACAGCAUCAAGAACAGCAACAUCAGCAACAAAUGCAGCACCAUCAGCAAAUGCAGGAACAACAGCGACAACAAAUGCAUCAGCAGCAACAACAAUUACAUGAGCAUCAACAACAAUUGCAUGAGCAGCAGCAACAAGAAUUACAUAAACAACAGCACCGCCAUCACCAUCGGCAGCAACAAGAUCAACAAGAACAGCAGCAGCAACAACAGCAACAACAGCAGCAACAGCAACAACAGCAACAACAUGUAUUUAAUUCCCUAAUGAAUGAGUUGCUGCAGCAGCAACAAUUACAACAACAGCAAGAAGCCGUGUCUCAAGCCCAAGCGCAACAAGCGGUUGCACAAUCGCUGGUCGCCGUUCAACCUUUACCCGAGAAGAUGGAGAUUGGCCCACCACCAACGGUGGCGAUGGUAACCGAGCAGUCUCUACCGCAACAAUCGCAGUCCGCGUCACUAUCACAGCCGACCCAGCAACCAAUGGAUACGUCUAGUGCCCCGGCCGUUAGUGCUGCUCCCAGUGGCCAGCCUCCAAUGGUGCAAAUUCCACUCGGGGCGCUCAGUGCCAGCACUCCCCAGACGGUAGCCAUGCGAUCGAUUAUCGAUCGAUCGCGAGAUGUUACCGCCAUGAGCGAAAAUGAGCUGAUUCGCUUCAUUUGCCCGAAUGCAUUUGAUGAAUUAUGAACCCCGGACGCCAUCAUCUCCUGGAAGGAGCUCCUAUCGCCAAACAAAAGUAUAACAGGCAAGUGGCUCAGAAAUGUUUUUUACGAUGAUAAGGAUUCAGUUAAAUUAUAUCAGAGUUAUGAUUUUCUCAAAGAUGUUAGACAACGGAUUGGAAACACAAGAAAUCGGCUGUAAUUAGGGCGUAAAGGUGCUUUGAAAGGAAAAAAUGUUUAUCGACUAGCUACUAUCGAAACAUGCAAUUGAAACAAUUAUGACGCGUGCAAUUGAACCGUCAUAACGACUUUAGUAUUUAGAAUUUAAAUCUGUCAUUUGCCAAAGUACAACUCGCGCUACGUGAUCACAACGAAGUAUUUAUACGUUCCAAUUAAAUUUAGUUUUAAUUUAUGCCGAUCAGUAUCGGUUUAUGCAAUCGGUAGAAGCCAUAUUUGUAUGAGCCAUCGAUGGAUGGCUGUUAAGGUUGUGCCAGAAUUGCUGUAGCAUCUCAUAAUAAGCAGGGGAUCUGCAGGAAGAAUCUUAUAGUCGUAUUUAAAAAAGAGUGUCUGGGUAGAAAGAAGUUGGAAGGAGGGUGGGGGGUGAUUGUGACUCAGUCUGCACAGUUUGGUUGCUUGCCCUUAUAAUUCUGGUAAUCGCCAGAGUUGUAUGCCAGCACAGUUGAAGUAUUGUUUUCCACUUCGUUUUCGGUGGCUUUCUGUAUAUAAAACUGUGUUUAAUGACGUGAAAUGGCCUACCUCAAGCAACAGUCGUGUUUCGUUGCUCUUAAUUAAAGCUCUUAGGCUAGAGCUUUAACUCCUGUUUUGGUAGCCAUUUUACCUGCAGUUUCUAGCGGUAUUUCCUCGCUAAUAUAUUCGUUUUUUUUAAUCGAGAAUAACUUGCUCGCUGGCGUCCGUCUAUUUGGUAAUUUAACCCAUUAGCCUUGUUGAGUUCAGUUUAGCCAAUAUAGUGCCCGGAGUCACAGGGAUUUCACAUUUGGCUCCCAAGGCUUUUAUGAUUUCACCACUUGUGUGAUUUCCUCGAAAAUUUGGAAAGAAUUUGGAAAGAAUAAUCUGAAUGGCGAUCUCCUUUGUGCCAUCAGU